UGUACGCGCCGUCCCAUUCAGAGUCAAAGAGAGGAAUAGGGUAAAGUGCUACCAAUCUUAUUUUCUAUGAACUCUGAGCUAUGAAUUAGGAGCUAGAUGUUAGAGUUAGCAGCUCUGAGUUCUGAGCUAGUAGUUUCUUUUGAGUUAUUGAGCUUUGCAAAUUUUGUGUUGUUUAUAUUCAUGCCGUAAUAUGUGCAUGUAACCCUAAAACUAUAUGGAACACGAGGACUUGAGUAGAGUAGCGUGAGAGUUAACUGAUUGUGUGUAAACCAGAACGCAUGGUGGACGAAAAAAUUUGAUGCAGCGAAAAACCAUGUGAAAAUUGUACUUCCCUUGAAAUUUCCAGUAGCUUGAGGAUGCAAUCUGCCAAUGAUAUGCUAUUUGGAGGGUUGGAAAAUGCUAUUUGUAAAAUUUAAGAGCGGACUGUGCAAAUUCGAUGUAAUUUAAGGGUGCGAAAUGCUAUUACCUUAAAUUUGUCGAUCUCAUGCUCACGCACAGGGGUGUUAUGAGACGGUCGGUGACUGAGUUUGCCGGAGUGAUUAGCAGAGCACUGCUCGCCGUGUCCAAUCAAACGCUACCAACGCGGCCAUGGGCACCGUCGCUAGAGCAAACCCUCCACCAACUCGGCUGCCGGGACUCACUGAGUCCGGUCCUUGUUGCCCGAGUUAUCGACCCGUUCCUCCUCAAUCAUCACUCCCUCGCUUUUGGGUUCUUCAACUGGGCGUCUCAACAACCGGGGUUCUCCCAUACUUCCGCCACUUAUCAAUCCGUUAUCAAGUCCCUCUCCGUUUCCCGCCAAUUCAACUCCAUUGAUAAGCUGUUAAAACAAGUAAGGGUGCAAAAGAUUAUCCUUAGUCCCUCCGUUUAUCGCUCGGUCAUUGGUUCCCUUGUCGCCGGUAGGAGAACCCAUGUGGCAUUUUCGGUAUUUUGUGAUGUUGUAUCUGUUGUUCCGGAGAUUGGACCUGAAGUUUGUAAUUUGCUUCUUGCGGUGUUGUCAUCUGAAGGGAUGAUUAAGAGUGCCCGGAAGGUGUUUGAUGAAAUGAUUAAGAAAGGUGUUCGGUUGAGUACUCUUGGUUUUGGGGUUUUUAUAUGGUGGGCUUGCAGAAAUAUGGGAUUAGGUGAGAUUUUGAUUUUGUUGGAUGACGCUAGGAAAGUUGAUUGUUUGGGAUUUGAUGGGUCGAUUAUUGCGCUUUUGGUUGUUCAUGGGUUGUGUGUGGAGUCCCGGGUGAAGGAUGCAAUAUGUGCUUUGGAAGAGUUGAGAAAAAGAGAGUGUAAGCCUGAUUUUAUGGCGUACAGAAUUGUUGCAGAGAAAUUGCGUGAGAUGGGAAACAUAGUUGAUGUAGAGAUGAUCUUGAAGAAGAAAAGGAAGUUAGGGGUGGCGCCAAGGGCUAAUGAUUAUAGGGAAUUUAUUCUUCAGUUAGUUUCAGAGAGACUGAUAUGUGAAGCAAAAGAUUUGGGUGAAGUGAUUGUAAGCGGGAAUUUUCCAAUUGAGGAUGAUGUUCUCAAUGUGUUGAUAGGAUCUGUGUCUUCUGUCGACUGUCUGCAAGCAGUUUCAUUUUUGAGGUUCAUGCUCAAGAAAGAAAGAAUGCCGACUCUGCUAACGUUAACCAACUUGAGUGAAAAUCUCUGCAAGCAUGAAAAAGGAGAAGAACUAGUUGAAGUUUUCCAACUCUUGUCGACGAAAGAGUACUUCAGCAACUUGGAGAGUUACAAUAUAAUGGUCUCCUUCCUCUGCAAGGCUGGAAGAGUUAAAGAAGGGUAUCAGGUGCUUCAAGAGAUGAAGAAGAAAGGUUUGAGCCCAGAUGUUUCGUCUUACAAUUCUCUUCUCGAAGCUUGCUGCAGGGAGGAUCUAGUGCGACCUGCAAAACGGCUAUGGGAUGAGAUGUUUGCAAGUGGUUGCUCUGGGAACUUGGAGAGUUACAAAAUCCUGAUUCAAAAAUUUUCAGAAGUAGGCCAGGUUGAAGAUGCUUGUCGCCUGUUCCACCACAUGUUUGGGAAAGGGUUGGAACCUGAUGAAUCGAUAUACAAAUUCCUCCUUCAAGGCCUUUGCCAGGAGAAAAACCUUGAAAUGGCUCUGCAUAUCUUUCAGAAGUCAGUUGAACAGGAUGCAACACUUGCAAACACGUUACUGAGUUCAUUUCUUCUCUGCCUAUGCAAAGAAGGUUUUCUUACCGCAGCUUCUAAACUACUGUGUGAGCUCACAUGUGGUAUAGGAUGUCCAAAGUCCCAUUUAACUUUGCUGAAUUACUUGGCUGACAUUGGAGAGCUUCCAUUAGCCACUGAACACAUACAAUGCAUUGCAGAUAAGUCGCCCACACUGCUACAUACUAUUCAAACUGAAUUAGCAGCGUCACUUUCAUCAUCAUUAGAACCAGAUUCAGCCCUUCGGUUGUCGAGGGAAAUGGCCAAAUUAUCUAUGCCUACUAUAGUGUAGAGUCCUGGGGCUAUCUUAAUAUCCAAAUCCAAUGAGUUGAUGUCUUUAGAUAGAUACGCAUAGUUCUUUGCUUCUGUUUCUUGAAUUUGAGGCAGGAAAAAAACAGCUCAGUUGCACAUACAACAGAGGCGACUCCAGCAGAUGCAGGGUCUGCUGUCAAUACUCUUGUCGCUGUCCCUUAAUUUUUCAUCUGUACCUUAUGGUUUGUGGGAUUGACUGCUGGUGCAGGAUGGUUAUGGCAAUGAUGCAGAUGGAAGUGUGGCAGCAGAGAAGGAACUGGAGCUCUGGUGGGUCCGCUGGGUCCCAGUGAGGGCGAGAACAGAAUCACCAUUUCUUGAUUUUCCAAUGCUGAAGCUCUUGAGUUCGAGCAAAAAUCUGAACUUUUGAUCUUGAGUUCUAGGAUUACCUCCACCUUUACAAUGUGGUAUCCUGGUACAUUGAGUGAGGGUUUUCUGUUGAAAAUGUGGGCAAAAUUGAGAGAAAUAAUGAAAAAAUGAUGACGGAGAUCAUGUGGAGAAGAUGACAGCCAUGACCCAUGUUCUUGGAUCCAAAAUCAGAGAAAAACUUUUCACUACCUUUUUUGGGGUGUAAAGUAUCUCAUAUUACCUUUCUGCUUAAAACAAGUCAGGAACUAGAGAAGUUUGUUUCUGGAUGGUAUAACUGUUGCAGUAGAGAAGAAGGGCCUGUUUUAUUCAAAUUUACUGAAACUGGGUAGAGAAGACUUCUUUGAGGCCCGACAUGGAAAGCAGGAAUCGUUCGCUCUGGACAAAUGGAGAGGAGAAAAUCAGUAGACAAAUGAAUGCAGGUAUGCUGUUUCCGGAAUUUGUGUGUUCACUGCAAAUUCUAUCAGAGUAAUUUUGUCUGAAAUCUGUCUCUUAUCAGUUGCUUGAAUUGAUGGAUUGUAUCGUUUGCAAUAUUCGGAUGAUAUCAAUAUGAUCAUUUCUUAUAGAGCAUAUUAAGCAUUCAUGUUUUCUUUUUACAUUUAAUAAUCAAAUUAUAGAAGGUACAAAUUUAAAAACUUGAUAUGCUACAAAAUUAGGUUAUUACAAUCCACAUGCAAUCUGAAGUAUUACUAUGCUCAUCACUAGCUCCCUUGUAUUAUGCUUCUGUGGAUCAAACUGAAACAUGAACUCAUAUGGAUUAGCCAUUUCCGUUUUCUUUUGAGAAAAUUGGUUUGAGUGCAUCAUUAUAUAAAAAAUGUUAACAUCAAGAGUUAAUUUAAAGUCAGCCACCAACCAUUCAACCAUCAACCAUAAACAUCUAUUACAAAGUAGAAAAAUAACUACUGUAGUACUGUGUAAAAAGUCAUUGUUGAUAGUAAAAAUGAUACACUACCAUAUUUUAAUGGUACAACAGCCCCUAUAUUUCAAAUUAUAGUUUACUAAUAAGAGCGCAGAGGUUGGCAAUUUUUUGCCAAUAUGAAUAAUUAUGGUUCUUGAUUCUAAUACAAAUUAUACGAUUGUCAGACAAAAUAUUACGUCUCCAC